GAUGCGAUUAGUCAAUCUGAAGGUUUGGUAGUUUGUGAUUGGAUGAGCUCAAGAGUCAAUCACGUGGCUGUGAGCGUGUUUUGCGUGACGGGUUUGAGCAGGGCGUCUGACCGACGCGACGAACCAAAUAAACGGUAAAAACGGUGAUAAUCGCCGCUGUGAUCGAUUACACUGACCGGGUUUGUGGAGGAGCGCGGAUAUACCGGGUUUUGAGUCGUCAUUCACCGGGAUUCCCUCCGGAUGAGCUGUCGGUCAUCAGCGCUCACACGUGUUCAGGCCGGUUCAGAGGAGGAGGAUGAAGGGUGAAGCACACCUGAGGGCGAUGGGCAGAUUUAAAAACAGACGGAUGGAGAAGUCCAAGAGGGACUCUGAGAGAGAUUCAGGCUUCUCAGACAGCAGUGCAGUGGAUCAGACAGAUGCAGAUGAUGAUUCUCGACCGCAUGCAUCGCAGCUCACUGCAGUGGUGGGCGGAGCUCUGCAGGGCCUGCAGCCAAUGAUCAUCAUGAACAAUGUUGUUCUCAAACAGCCUUCUGAAAGCUCUGCAUCAUUGAAGCCAUGGUUCAGUCCAGCGGUGGAGGUCCUCCAGCAACCGCAGGUGGUGUUCCUCCAGCCCGUGGUCCCGCAGAGAAGCUCAACCACACCCAAAACCCAAAUCACCAAACGCCGGCGCCACAAGAAAUACCUGCCCAUCCUCAAAUCAUACGCUAGAAUCGCUCCUCAUCCACACAAGAGCUCCACUAGCAGCUCUGUGUCCAGCUCUAGCUCCACUUCCUCCAUCAGGAGCUCUGCUUCCAAUCCCACCGAACACAAGCAAACGGACGCAACACCACCGAUUACUUCUGUACAUCCACAAAACACGCCUGCAGAUGGCGCUAAAGACACAGAAUGCAUGCUAGCAUCUCAAACCACAGAAUGCACGCUAGCAUCUCAAUCCACAGAGCACACACUAGCAUCUGAAUCUACAGAAUGCACGCUAGCAGCUCAAUCCAUGCUAGCACUAUCACCGCGCUGCGAUACGGAAAGUAAAACCAAACGUUUCUGCAACACCUACAACAUCCUGAGUAAAUCCGGUCUGCUGGACAUCACGCUGCGCACCAAAGAGCUAAUCCGGCAAAACCGGCGCACGCAGACGGAGCUGGAGCGCCUGCGCAAACACACAGAGCUGUUUCUGGAGGCGCUGCAGACGGGGGACGCCGAGAUCUGGAGCCGGCUGCAGACGGACAUGCAGAGCCACACAUCAUCAUCAUGAUGAAGUGAGAGAGAUGAGGAUGACGGUUGGUCUUGUGUCUUGGCUAAAUAUGUACAAAUGACUCAAUCUAGAAGUGUUUUAUUGAGGAGGAAGAAAUAUUGUUUCUAGAAAUGAGUUUUUAGUUUAGACAAGCAAAAUGAUCUGCCAAUGGGGGAAGAGAAUACUCAUAUUUCAAAGUAAUAACACCAUUAUUCUGCAUCCCCCAUUGUCACAUUAUUCUGCUUGUUUUAAGGAGAAACUCACUUCAGUUGACUCGUUACUUCUGAAAACAAGACUAUAGUUUCUGCUUGUCUAGAAAAGGCUUCUUGUUUUAAGAGUUUGUAGAUAUCUGGACUAGAAACCAGACAAAACUGUAAGAGAGAGGAGCAUUUUUACAGUGUACGUCCAUGAAUGCGACUCCUGGAUAGAUUCUGAGAUGUUUCUGAAUGCAUCGUGAUUCUCUUUAGAUUGGUGUUCUAGUAUAGAUGGCCGAUAUCGUUCGCAAAAUAAUAAUAUAACAGCAUAAUAAUGAUAAAACCGACAAUCAGUUUGUGCAAUGAUUUAUUACAGUAGCAUGUGUGCAGUACAUUAGUGCAUUUAUGAGUCUGUUUACAGAUUGAUUCACAUAUUUACUAAUAUAGGGACUACAUUUUAAUUUGAGUUUACUACACAACUGUUAAAAGUGUCUUCUAUAUAGUAUGAAUGAAUUCGCCAUAUGUCAUGAUCACAUGACCUCCCCGCGUCAGUUGUAUCGCUUCACUCACUUUCAUGAAUUCUCACAUGGUGCAUCAUGGGAUAUUUUAACGUUCAUUGUAUGCGCACUUCAGAAUCUCGCUGGAAGAAGUAGGUCAUCCGGGAACUUCUCACAUACUGUUUUUACAAUACUCUGAAUUUUGACACACUGCUCAGCUCACAUACUGUCUUUCGCAUACAGUACAGUGAAGUAUGCGACUCCAGGUUCAACUUUAGACUUUAAAUUCAUUUAAUAACUUCUGUUGAGUUGUUAAAGUAAUGAGUUGGGGGCCGUUCACUUAUCACAACUUUCUUUACGCUCGCGCUCCUUUGUUGUUGUACAUAGGAGGACAAACAAAACACUGCUGCAGCUCUGAUACCAGAUUAAUUUCUGAAUAAACACUGCAGUGCUUAUUCAUUUUGGGUGUUCUGUGUUUGUCUGAAGUAAUUAGUCCACCGAAAUGUGUAUAUUAAGUAUGAAGCUGAUCAUCACAAUGAUUGAUCUUGUUACAUGAUUUGCGGUGCGGCAUUCUGAAAAGUUGAGAUGUUUUCAACUCUGUGUGCCUGGAAAGCACAUGCGUGUCAUUGGAAAUAACGGGUUGUUAGCACAAAAGAUGCAUUAUGUGAAUGGCCCCUUAUGCACAAGUGUGCCCUCUAGUGUCCAUUAUAAAAGAAACGGAAAUAACAUGACAAUGUGUGAAUUAUAUUAUCAUGAAUAUCAAUAUCGCAAUAAUUGUUAAUAUACGGAUAUAUCCCUACGUUCUAGGCUAGUUUAAACAGCAAAUGGCGCUCCAGACUAGUUUUAGACAGCAGAUGGCGCUCUAGGCUAGUUUUAGACUGCAGACGGUGCUCAAGGCUAGUUUAUAAACAGCAGAUGGCGCUCUAGGCUCGUUUUAGACAGCAGAUGACGCUCUAGGCUAGGUUUAGACAGCAGAUGGCGCUCUAGGCUAGUUUAUAAACAGCAGAUGCCGCUCUAUGCUAGUUUAUAAACAGCAGAUGGCGCUCUAGGCUAGUUUAUAAACAGCAGAUGUCGCUCUAGGCUAGUUUAUAAAGAGCAGAUGGCACUCAAGGCUAGUUUAUAUACAGAAAAUGGUGCUCUAGGCUAGUUUUAGACAGCAGACGGCACUCUAGGUUUGUUUUAGACAGCAGAUGGUGCUCUAGGCUAGUUUAUAAACAGCAGAUCACGCUCUAGGCUAGUUUAUAAACAGCAGAUGGCGCUCUAGGCUAGUUUAUAAACAGCAGAUGGUGCUCUAGGCUAGUUUAUAAACAGCAGAUGGCGCUCUAGGCUAGUUUUAGACAGCAGAUGGCGCUCUAGGCUAGUUUAUAAACAGCAGAUGGCGCUCUAGGCUAGUUUAUAAGCAGCAGAUGGCGCUCUAGGCUAGUUUUAGACAGCAGAUGGCGCUCUAGGCUAGUUUUAGACAGCAGAUGGUGCUCUAGGUUUGUUUUAGACAGCAGAUGGUGCUCUAGGCUAGUUUAUAAACAGCAGAUGGUGCUCUAGGCUAGUUUAUAAACAGCAGAUGGUGCUCUAGGCUAGUUUAUAAACAGCAGAUGGCGCUCUAGGCUAGUUUAUAAACCGCAGAUGGCGCUCUAGGCACUCAGGGCUAGUUUAUAAACAGCAGAUAGCGCUUUAGGCUUAGAGCAUGUUCCUCUCUACACCUGCAGGUGGCAGUAGAUAACCAGAACUGGUGCUGCACGCAUACAAACCAUAACCACAGCAGUUUAGCCACCAUUUUCACAGUACAUUUCAACCACCACAGAGGGAUUCACUCAUGCAAAUAUAUCUGAUAAUCCACAUCGUUUGCAAACAUUUAAGUACGAAGGUAAUCUGAGAUUAAUGUAAACACACUGACUUUCAGCAGUCAUGUAAUAAACUUAAGCCUUUAAUAAUGUUAUGCAUCCUUUAGGUUUAAGCGGUGUGUGUCAGGAAUUGAAGGCAAGCAGAGUAUGGCUGUUUUAAAGCAAACAGCGCCAUCUGCUGCUCAAAACUGAACUCUCAUUCUGUGAAAGAGAGAAUAGCGAUGCAUUCAGAAAUAUAAUGCAGAAUCAUUUCUGGAUCUGCUAUGCAUGGAUUAAUCAGUGCAGCUUUAUGAUGCAUAAUUCUGCAUUACACAUGUGACUGUAUGUUGAGGGUGUAAAAACAGACUCUGCGGUUGUUCAUCGCUCUUUAAUAAGCUUCUGCCUUAACUGUGUUCAGCACAUCAAUGGUUUACACGCCGCUCUCUUUACGGAUCAAUGCAUUGAGACUCUCCGCUUACAGCACAGAAAUAUUGACAUGAGUAACUUCUGUUCCUGCUGAUCGAGAUGUGUGUUUGUUUUAGGAUUAUAGAAUGUGGUGAUAUAUAAGUGAUAUAUCCAGUGUCCUGCUGCUACAGGAUACAACAAUAAUAAUAAUUAGCAGCUUUUGAUUUUAUGAUUAUGACUUUUGCUUUAAAUCUGAGGGGAAAAGUCUGAAUUUAGUUUGCAGAUUUGCAACGGUUUUAUUUUCUUGAUAUAAUAUUGCAGUUUGCAGAUUUCAGCAUGUACAUUCAGCAAUUAUGAGACUGAAAGUCUAAUUGUGAAAUCUAAAAGUUGCUAUUUUGCCUUUUUAAUUCCUGCAGAAACAGAUUUUCUUUCCGUUUUUCAGCUCACUCUGACCUUUUGCUCAUAAACAUGUUAAAAGUUCACCGUUUCAGCUCACAUUUCCCUGCAAUAUCGAAUCAAAUGUAAAAAUAUUGAAAUAUCUGGUCUGUUUAAGGACUGUUAAGGCAGGACACCACAGCUGAAUAUGGUGGAAAAUGUUGAUCAAUCUCAGCACAUGAGAACGUUUGAUUUAAAUAUGCAAAUUAUGCUAAACGUGCACUAAUUUGCAUACAUUUUCCAGAAUGGAAAUCACAUUUCGAGACAUCCCAUUUACAGAGAUCCCUCCAAAUAUCAGCAUACCAAAAACUGAAAUGAGAUAUGAAUUAUAUCUGCAGUCUGGACUGUCUCGCGUGCUCAUCAGCCAAUCAGAACGCAGAGUAUUAAUAUAAAUAUACAUUAAGCAUUUGUUCUGCAGGUGAAGUUGAAUUAUGGGAUGGAUAUGAGAAAGAAUGGUGUUAAUUGUGCUUAUUAUUUUGGUGUGUGUGUGUGUUAAAGAGGAUUCUGCUCUCGUCUUGCCUUCUACUCAGUGAAGUCUCACUCAUUGUGUCUGAUGGCUCAGCUUCAGUGGCAGCUGCUGCAUUCUUGCGUCUAUUUAAAACCAUUGCUUGUGUUUAAUAAUAAUAAUAAUAAUAAUAAUAAUAGUAAUAUAGCUUUCAUAUUUCAUACACUGACUAUAAGUGUGUGUGUGUGUGGUGUCUGUGCUUUUAUACAGUGCAAUACAGCGCGCAUAAAAAUAAAUGAGAAGGAAAAUUCUCACUUCAUUUCUCACAUUUAUUGUUUAAAUUCUGAGGAAAACUCUGGAUCAUGAGAUCUAAACUAGCAACCUGGAAAAAUAAUGCAAAAAUAAUGAGCAUUUAAAAAAAUAUGUACUAAUUAUUGUGAAUUAAAUAUGCACUGAUUUGCAUGCAUUUUUAGGAGAACUUAAUAAUUGGACUACACAAAUUCAAGCAGUGUGUUUAGGAUAAAUCAGAAUAUUUAAUACAUUUUAUAUCUUUAAUCAUUUAUUUUAUUUAGAAAUCAUUUUUAUUUAUUUUAAAUUAUACAUAUAUAUGUGUGUGUAUAACUGAAUAAUUAUAUAUAAAUCAUUUAAAAAGUAAUAAUUUAAAAAUAAAAAUCUAAUAAUUUCUGAAAUGUAUGAAUUAUUAAUUCCUUAAAUCACAGGUGUUAAUCUCAGCUCUGUCAGCUCUGCAGUUUAGUUCCAACCCUAAUUAAACACACCUGAUCAAACUAAUGAAGUGCUUUAGGCUUGUCUGAAAGCUGCAGGUGAGUGUGUUGGAGCAGGGCUGGAGAUAAACUCUGCAGAGCUGUGGCUCUCCAGGAACUGAGCAUGACACCUCUGACUUAAAAUACCAUGAAUUAAGAUGACAUUUUAAUGAUAAUAAUUGUAUAUAUUAAUUCAUUCUGUUUUAUUUGUAAAAGUUAAUCAGAUAAAUGCAUUUAAUAAUCCUCAUGUUUAUACUAAACCAACACUUCUGUCAAUCAGGUGAUUAUAAAAGAGUCCUUUAUGAAUGCAGAAAUGAAAGAUAAGUGUUCAUCGACUCUAAGAUGUGAGAAAGAAAAGCAGAAUUUCCUUUAUUUGAUUGAUUUGGAAGAGUUUGGUCUUUCGUGUCGCCGUCGCCUUGCACUGAUCAGAGCAUUUCAGUAAGAAUCAUGAAGAAGAAGCACAGUUUUGAUGAAGCGUUAGCCAUCAGCUCUUACCAAUGCUUCUGUAGCUGAUGCAGAAUAAAGUAGAUUAUGAAUUAGAGAGCACGCACACACACACACACACACACACUCUGCAGACUGUGUGUUGUUGUUUUUGUAAGUGAAAUAAUAAGUGUGACGUUUUUAUUAGAUGCCAUUGACAGUGAAAUGAGUGUUGUGGAGGAGACAGACUGAAGUGUGUGUAGAGCAGAACUGUGAAGGCUUCUGUGUUUGUGUGUUUGACCUUUUUUACAUGGCUGCGUGAAGAGAUCAGCAUAUACAUCUCCCUUCAUCAGCUGUACAAGCCAAAGCUGUGGCUCAGCAUCAUGAUCUGACUCUCUGUUUGUUUUUUACGUGUCUUUUUAUUAUCCUUUUUUAAUUAAUAUUAUUAUUUGUAUUUUUGGGCUUCUUAAAUCUGUCAGACGGUUUACUGAAUAAUACACUGUCAACUGUUUUCAUGUCCUAACGUUAUUAAAAUAAAUCCAAACGUCAAA